GCUACUGCGGACGAUGCGAGUCGCGCAGGACGGGGACCGCGUUUUUGUGCGAGGAGGGACAGGAGACGGGGUUCACGUUUGAUGAUGGGCAUGCGGAGUACAUGUAUGCGCCUGAGACGGCGGUGGUGAGCAUCCCGGAGGAGGCGUUGCAGCAGGCGUCGUAUGUGGAGUUCGCACCCUUGCUGCGUAGAGGCAUCGCGGGUUUUGACGCUAUCCGCGUGGCACUGUCGACUCGGCUACGUCUGCCUCGUACAGGGCGUUGUAGGUCUUGGGCACCUUGCCAUCCGAUACGCAUCGAAACUCGGCCUGAAGGUAAGUACUCGCUCACGCCUCGUCAUCUGUAUCAAAGCUCAAGGGGACUGCUGCAGGACACCGCUCUCCUCUGGCUUGUCCAAAAAGCCGCUCGCUCUCUCGCUCGGAGCCUCCAAGUACAUCGACGCCUCCGCGACGGACGUCGUCUUAUCGUCAAGUCGCUCGGCGGCGCAUGCUUCGUCUUCUGCACCGCGCCCUACUCGCAGAGCGUCUCCGAGAUCAUCCCCACCGUCGGCCUGAACGGCACCGUGACGCUCGUAAGCGCGGCGGUGGACGGGAAGAUCCAGGUGGGCAACCUAGUAGUGCUGAACAUGAACCGCGCUGCGCUGCGCAGGUGGCGUUGGAGUGUGCGCAGGAUAUGGAACAGUGUGUCAAGUUCUCGACGUCGUCUGAUGUGGAGUCGAUGGUGAAGGAAUUCCCUCUGGAGGUCGUCCGCGAUGCGCUCUAUGGCCAAUUCCCUUCCUGCAUGUGCCUUACCACGUCACGCUCCCCUCGCGCCUGUCAGCGAUCUGGAGUACACCCUGAAUCACCCACAUUCCUGCA